AGUAUCGUAUUAGUCGACGGUAUGAUGAUCAGGCAGGACCGAUCGUCAUCGUUGGAGUGGAAGAAAAUUAGAGAAGAUUUUUUUUCUUAUUUUCCCGAGCGACAGCAGAAGAAAGAGAAUCGAAGGGAGUGGAAAAAGAGCUCGUCGAAUGGCGAGUUAUCGAUCGUUAUUAGGCUUUUAUUAGAAAGGAAGUAUCGGCGAUGGCAAAGGGGACAUCCGCACGGGGGGUCGUGUUAACUUAAGUGAAAAUAUCGCCAAGAGGUCCGAUCAGGGGCUGACCACCCCGUUCGCCUUAAUUCCCUGUCACCACGAUCUGUCGGGGAGUCUGAUCGCGCUGCUCUUGGGAACAAGAUGUUCCCGUCCACGCCUCCGUUCCACGAGAUUUUUAUUAUUCCUCGGGAAACUUGAUGAACUCUCGAAAAAAAAAAAUUGUUUGUCGACGAUACAACGUGGUGGAUAAUAGUGCGGUGGAAGAAGAAUGGAAGAGAGGGAUAACGUUUCUCGUUUUCGAUAUCGUUUGUUCGAAUUAUUGGUGGUCGCGGACUGUUUUUGGAAAUUGAAAUCAAAGUGUCGGCAAGCGUUGCUCGUCGAACGUUUGAAGGAGUUGUGCUCUGGUUGGAGAAUUAUCGAGCGAUCGGUUGCUCGGAAUGCGGAACGCGUCCUACAAAUUCCAACUUCCGAAGCUUGAUAACGGGACGACCGGAAGGGGUUCAGUGGCAAGCCCGGAUGCCGGUAUAUCGCCUGGCUAAUGAUAUCCUACCGGCAAUCAGGAGUUGGAGCUGAAAAUGAUCGCGUGAAUAUCGUUUAUCAUUCGAUCCUCGCUGCUCUUUCUUUUUUCCCCCCUAUUAUUACGUCUAUUUGAUACGUCUAUUGUUGUUAUACGUACAUUUUUACGUAAUUUUUUAUACACAUAUAUAUAUCGAAUAUACUCGAUGAAGUUGAAAAAAGUUGAAACUUUUCUUUACGAAACGCCAAGGGAAGAGAGGAGACUCGUUUAGUCGAUAUAACUUUUUUGAUAGAUGAAAGGUGAUCGAUAUUUAAGAAUCAAAGUCGAUAAUAAAUAUAAAAGAAGAGAAGAAGAAGAAGAAAGAUAAGUAAAAAAGAUGGAGUCUCGAGAGAAGUCAACGGAAUGGGCUCUCCUUUUUCCACUGAAGGCGGGUCUGUUCGCGAUGAAGUCCUCCCUGUCGUCGAGGAGCGUGAACCGGGAGAAAGAGCGGGUUGCGAAGAAGAACGAAUUAUUGAAGCCGAGGAUACGUCGUGGUUCCUCGUUGUCGGAUCUGGACAAGCUCCAAAAUAAACCUCAGGAUGUGGUCAGAUCGACGGAGAAAUGCUCCGAGUCUCUUCCACACUCGCCCGCAUUGUCGAGAACGAAUCUUCAGUCGGGGAAUCUGUACGUGAGGGGAAGCAUAGGGGAUCUGAUGAACAUGAAGAAGUACGGGGCGUCCACGUGGAGCGUGAGAAGCGAAAGUUUGAUCGCGAGGGUGGUGCCCCUGAGCACGGUGACCCCGAGGCAGAGCCCCCCACGAGAGAAAAGCGAGCCGGAGGAUCCCGAGGACGAGAUGCAGGACGACUUUCACGUGUCCGACAAACCUUUGACGUGCGCCCAAAGAACGCAGAGGCUCAGCAAACUUAUCAAGAAGCACAGGCGGAUAAUGGUGUUCAGCCCUAGAAGCGUGAAGCGAGAUCUCGUGAGUACCUUUUUUUCAAAUCCCAUCGAAAAAUCGCGUCGAAAUUGUCGCACGACUGAAAUCGUCGAUCGCAGAAAAGAUAAGAUAUAACAAAAUUUGACCAAUUAUUUAUAUUAACACUCUCUACACGCGUCGAACGAAGAAUGAACGAGUAAAUUCGAGCCAGGUGAAUAUUUCCUCCACUUUUUCGAACUGAUUUUCAAGUGCAACUCGAUUUAGGGCCGACUGUGAUCGAACACUCGGAACGGGGGAUAACCGCACCUUUGUUGAUAUUUGAUCAGGGUUGAAGAGCGGAGCGAUGCGAUGGAAAAAUAGAAAUGAAGAAUUGAUAAAGGGGGCGAUGGUGCAAUUUUCCGGAUGAUUUGUCAGAUGACUUAUCUUCAACAGCGUAGAGUAAAUUGAAGAUCAAGGAGUUGUAUAUCCACGUAGAAUUCCAAUUGGGUUAUUACGAUCUCUCCUCCUUCCAAGAUUCUAAACUCUUGAAAAUUGUGAUUAAAUUUUGAGAAAUUGAUUUUUAUAUCAUAGAUUUAUAUUGUAUUAUUCAUUUGUAAAAAA